UGAAUAAAGCCCAAUCGAAAAAGGAAUCGUCCAAUCGAUUUCUGCUGUCAAAGUCAAACAAAACGUCAAGCAAAGCAAGAAGCGAGAGUAUUUGGUAAACAUUGAGAGAAUAUUGCAUUUUAAUUGUGAAUUGUAAUGAAAUUAGCACGAUGAACGUGUUUCCAAUAACCGAUAUUCCGGAGUUCUCGAAGAAGAAACGUAUCGUAGUGGUCGGCGUUAUUGGAAAGUCCCCGUAUCGGUAUCCAAACAAAGCAACCCCACUUGUACCCUCUGUGCAAUCUGCUGAAAACGGAAUAGAAUGUCACUGGGAUGAACGUCGUUCAAUCCUCUACCUACAUGCUAUAACAUACCUAGACACAAAAAGACUGACAAGCCUCGCAGCUUCUCUAAAUGAGGAGUCAGAGAGUGAAGACCAGGAGGCUGAUGCCGCAAACUGGCUGGUAGCCUCAGGGGAGCUGGCUGCUGAAUCCUGCAAGGCUAUAGCUCUGCUGUUCCACUUGUGUCACAUUGUUGUAUUGUCUUCUCCAACAUCAGUGUUUGAUCUCGGAUACUUACAGCUGUUUAAGGCUAUUGAUGCUUAUAGAACAGAACAAAUAGGGCGCAGUACAGAAGCCCUGUUGAACAUAAAAGCAACGGGAGCGUGGGAGUCACACGGGCGGUGUUGUUGCCCUCGCCUGCUGUUUCACUUCCGUCGUGCUCCCAACCCUGUAAAGAAGAUACCGGCGGCACUGAAAAGAUUAGAACAUGCUGUGGAAGAUCAAUUGUAUUUUAUACUUAGAAAGGCACGGAUUAUUACCAAUGUUUGUGCCAAAUCCCUGUUCGCAAUACCAAAGAAUGAAGAAUUUGUAUACAUUAGCGGUGACGAAGAGAGUCAAAGUGCGCGAGAAGUGAGCGCACUAGUCCGUGGUUUGGUGGCGCGAUGCAACUCGGUACCGGAUACUCCGCCACCGCGACCCACCUUCCGCCAGUUCCUACAGACGCAUAUAGACAUGGCCUUCGGAGAGGGAUUCGAUGAUAACGUCGGAAAAUAUGCUAUGAGCACGUCGUUCUUUGAGCUCCCCAGUGCUGCAGCAUGGCGUGCGGCUGCGCAGGCGCUGUCCGCGGUGUACCUGUCGCCCGUCGCGCGGGCGCAGGACGAGCCCGCCUCCGCUGCACUGUACGACGCACUUGCCACUGACGUACGAUUCUCUCAGGCCCGAUGCGCUAAGGUGUUGCCAAUAGCACAGGCAUCAUACGCGGAAGGUUUACCCGCUCAUUACUCCAGCCAACAUCAUGCACAUAAGGUAAGUGUAGCACUGGGCGUGCUGGACAGUAUGGCGCGCGGCCCGCUGGCCCGCGGGGCCCGCGCCCGCCUGAGCGCGGCCUGCACCGCACUCUGGCGCACGCGCAGCCUGUGCGAGGCACUCUCUCUAACCGGACACGUCUGCAUCGAGCCCGAGCAUGACAGUAGCAAGGAGCACUCGUCGGGCGUGCGCUAUAUAUCGGCGUGUAACUGCGGGCGCUGCAAGUGGUCGCGCGAGGACCCGUACUCUCUGCGCCGCGCCAACUGGACCUUCUACACGGAGGCCGCCGAGGAGUGCGGGGUCUGUCCCACUCUGCAGACCAUCGACUUCCCCGUCUUCCAGCCUUCUACGCCGUCCUAUAAAGCGGCGGCCCUAAAGGAAGCGGAGGAAGCCGCAGAACGCUCAGCACCACGUCGGUCGCCGGCGGGGUCGGGCGUGUCGCCCGCGUCGGCCGCGUCGCCCGACAACAACUGGUCCGCGCCCGACGCGCUGUCGCCCGGCUCUGCGCACGACGACGAAGACGACAAGUCCCACGACUCGGAUCGAUACGUCGUGCCCGUUAGAGGCGAUGCCGCGACUGAAAAGAUAAUGAGUCGCCAGCCAUCGACGACGGAGUACCUGCCAGGCAUGCUGCACUCGGCCAGCCCGGCGGGGCUGCUGCCGGCCUUCGCGAGCUGGUCGCUGGUGUGCCUGGGCGCGUCCAGCCUGUACUCGCACGCGCUGGGGCUGCCCGAGCACCUGCAGCCUGGCUUCCUGCCACACACCAACUACCUGCUGCCCUGGGACUGUGCCGUGCGGUUGGAGUCAAUGAGUGGCUGGCGGGUAUCUGGCCCGUCUCGGGGCCGCGGCAAGAUUACACCGCACCAUCACCUCACGGUCAAGAUAUUCAUCGGAUUUGAGUACGAGUGCCCUAGGGGUCACAGGCUGGCGGCGGCCGACAUGCCGCUGCACGCGGCCUGCGUGUGCCGCGCCGCGCCCGCGCCCGCGCCCGCCGCCGCCUCGCUGGCGCAACUCACGCGCCUACACGUCGUCACGCCUAAGGCGCCCGUACACGUCACUCUCGACCCCAAGGUUCAACCAAUACCAGGAGGACCGAUCUUCGUCCCGCAACCCGUGGGCUCACCACCCAUCAAGUUAUCAGCCUCAGCAUACUGGGUGCUGCGCCUUCCAUACAUGUAUUCAGACGAGAGGGGCUGUCUUCCACGGCCUAGGCCUGGAACCCCACUGCAGCCGGGCACCAUUAUAGCCCCACUAUUUGGCCUACAGGACUAACGAAUCUCCUGGGCCCAAAAGACCCCGAAAAAACUCUCAAAAACAGCCAAACGAAGAGCGCAACGAAUGAAGCAAGCAAACCAACUGAACGACACCAAACAAGGCUUGUAACACAAUUUUGGACCUUACUGACUUUUACAUAGAGUUCAUAGUGGCAUUUAUGUUAUGCAAGUUCGUUUAUGACGUUUCUAUCAGUGUUGGUAGAGAAAAAGCUAAAUUAAUAGAAAUACCAUUUAAUAUAAUAUGUUGUUAUAGCAUGAAAAUGAAAAUUGAUGUUGUGUACAAUUGAUAACUCUUUAAGAUUUAUAUAAAAACACUAGAAGUCU